CAGUUAGACUUCAACUUGCUCUUGUUUGCCGUGCUUUUUAACAACUGCCCCCUCUUCAAAACCUACCUGGGUUCCUAUAUUACUCGCCUUCUGAGUUCUGAUACUUGUCUACAGAAUCUGACCCUAGUUUUAAGUUAAAAUAUCAUCGUCUCCCCUCCAUGAGUACGCUGAGCAGUAAAGCAAUAGCGUUCAGCAUCCAGUCCUUAUUGAGCAACAACUACAACGGAGUUCCGUCCACCCCCAGGAGGGAGGCCAGGCACCUGUCGUGUUCCACCGAGUCAGCUGGAUCACUGAGUCCCACCUGCAGUGAUGGCAGUUGUACCGGAGUAACCAGCAGAGAUCCAAAGACCCCGAAGUCAGAUGGUAGUUCGAUGGAAACAUGUGAGUCGUCCCCUGAGGAACAGGACCUGAAUAGCAAGAAACCAAGAACUAUCUUCUCAAGAGAGCAGGUUCAAAAAUUGGAGGAAGCCUACUUGACAAAACGUUAUCUGACGAGACGGGAAAGGAAAGAGUUGGCAGCAAGUGCAGAUAUCUCACAUACGCAAGUCAAGAUAUGGUUUCAGAACAGGCGAGCUAAAGCUAAGCUCAAGGACCGUAGAGCGAUAGCACUGAUGCAGAGCGCGAUAACAUCCCAAAGAUUGCAACUCUACUCACACCUCCCUCCAGUAUCCCUUCUCCCACCCCUCGGCCCAGACUCCUUCCUUCCCCCUCGACCCAACAACCUCAUCACUCCCAUCCCCACCAAACUGCCAGCCAUUAAACCUAGCGUUAGUCAGCACUCAGCUUUUAGCUGGUACUUGUAGGGGGUCGUUAUCUCUACUGAUCUGUAGAUUGCAGUUAAUUAGAGGGAGAUUGUCCGCGAAAUAAACAUUUUUAUUGUUCGUGAAGGAGAAUGAUUAGUUUCGCUUGAGACACGAUCUGGAGACUGGAAGUGAAUGAAAUAUUGGGUGAGAGAGACUGAUAAAUUAACAGACGUUAAUUAAGUAACCACGAAGUUGAGCUAGUAUAAUCUGAAGGAUCAGAUCACCGAUUAUUGAUGACAUUAAAUGACUGCACUUCAUCAAAUGAUAGAACUGAUCGAGUUGGAAUGACUUGAUGUGGCCCAAACAGGAUUUACGAAGUUAAACUUAAUGAUUUUUACGACCAAGAAUGCUGUGCUGACAGAUUUUUUUAGUUACAUGCAAUAUGUAACGUAAAAAUACCCUUUUAUUAAAGUUUCUGACUUUAAUGACAAAGUAUUUGAAUAUUUGACGGAACAAUUUUUGACGAUAACGAAAUAUUGAUAUGGUGUUUGAUUGAAUUUUUGACAGGAAACAUAUUUAUAUUGUUUAGUAGACGUGUAGGUAGAUAGAUUGACAAGAUAUUUAAAUUGACCAAAUUGCACCGAUUCAUCCCGGUAACAGGUAAAUUAUUGUAGGAUCCCACUUAAAUUAACUGCAUACUGUACGAUCAUAUUCUUUAUUUCAUCUUGAUAUUAUUUUAGUUACAUAUUAUUGGAUUAAAGUACAUUGGAUAACGACUGGUUGAGUCGUUGGGAUGAAUUGAAACUGUGCGAAUUUUUGACCAAAUCAUCGUUACGUAAUAACAAUAUUAUUAUGAACUAUUUAACCUUACUAUUUAACUUUAUUUGACCUUGUAAAGUAUAAGUAAAAUGUUUGUAUAGUAGGCUUGAUUAUUUCCAAGUUUUUUGUUAUUGACUUUCAUUA